UGAUAAAAUAGAAGACGUUUUGAGAUCAUAGUAUAUUAAAAACUUUGUUUUGAUUGCAUUUUAGAAGUACAAAAUAGAUUAAUAUUAUUAACAAUAAUUACGUAUUUAAUGUUUUGUCUGUGAAUGUUUAAAAUAAUGUUGCAGAAACAUUUUUGGAGAAUUUUUGCUUCUCCAAAUGCUGGAAGCUUGAUUAAUAACAGAAGGAGCAAAUUUAUAUCACCAAAUCUAUGUCGUUUUUAUGCAAAAACCAAUGAUGAUAUUGAUACUGAACUAAAUAAACCAGUAAAGUAUACUGCUAGUCCUGCUUAUGAAUGGAGAGCUUCACACUCGCGAAUUGGUAGUAAGGCAGAGUUUGGACCAUGGUAUGAGCCUCACAUAGUGACAAUAAGUUUAUUAGUAUUUAUGGUUUACUUCUUUAUUCUUCGAGAAGAAAACGAUCUUGAUGCUUUAUUAGAAAAGCCUCUUAGUGAAUUAAAUUUAAAUCCUAGUGAUAAAAAAAAUAAUUGAAUAGUUUGUAUUUUAUUACUUAUUUUAGAGUAAAAAAUGUGUAAUUAAUUAAAUCUUAUUAGAAAUUUAUCAUUAUUAUAUCCUUAAAAUGUUUUGUUAAAUGAAAAAAUACUAAAAU